AUGUCAACACAACAACCAACACCAACAAUCCUCCUCCCAGACCUCCCCCCCAAAACACUCGUCGGCAUCGACCUAAUAACAUUCACCUCAACCGCCAACUUCCACGGCAUCCGCGACCUCCCAACCGGCUGGCACUUCCUCUACACAGGCGCAACAGAAACACUCUCCCUCCGCAGCGGCGCAUGGUUCUACAUCGGCGACAUAAACACUGCAGGCAAAGGGCGCAAUGACAACGGACUCGUACCACAACGACAGAAAAAUCAAAAUCAGAAUCAGAAUCAGAGCUUCGUGCCGGAAAUAUACAUCUGGAAAUGGAGUGACAAAUCCGAGUCUUUGCUUUCGUUGAGUGGGGACAGUGAUUCUGCGAAGCAGGAGGCCAUGCGCUACAAGGCUAACCUCGGUGCUGUUUGGCAGAGUGGAGGAUUGUUCAAGUAUCGGAGUCGGAUUUCGGCGUCUAUGCUUGUUAAGCCGAAAUCCGAGGGCGAGGAAGCCCAAGACCAGAAUCAAAAUCAGAAUCAGGAUGAUGAUCAGGAACUUGCUUUGACACAGGCCCCGGCUCAGGUUGAAGAUGACGAGGAGACGGAGACAAAUGGGCGAAAGGAUUGGACUGGGUUGACAGAUCGCAUCUCGCCAGCUCUAUUGUCGCGCGUUAUCGGGAAUCCUGAUGUCGAUGUUGAUGGGCACCCAAGAUGGGUAUUGACGUCUGCUUCUACGGCUAACCGGGAUGCGGAUCAUAUCCCUGGUGUUGAUUCACCUGCGGAAGGUGCGGAGGGUCCUGGGGCUGGCGAGGAACAAGAACGCGAAUUCGGAUUUCUGCCGAUUGAUCUGAAGCGCACGUGGAGAGAAGGCGCUGUUGGGCGUGAAAGGACAGAAGCUGCGCAGGACCGGUCUUGGGCUCUGGGUGAGCUGCUUGAUCGGUAUUCGGGUGACGCCUCUGGGGGGAAUCAGGUUAUUGGAGAGUUGCAGUUUACGUUCCUUAUGGUGCUUACUAUGAUGAACUAUUCGUGCCUUCAGCAGUGGAAGAGGCUUCUUGAGCUCAUUCUCACGUCUCGGCGGGCAAUUCUUGACAGGGAUGAGUUCAUGGGUGAGGUUCUGCGUUUGCUGGCUUUGCAGUUGCAGCGGUGCGAUGAUGUUGAUGGUGGACUUUUCGAGAUUGAUGGAUAUGAUGGUGGGUCAUUCUUGCGCAAGCUGCUCACGAAGCUGAGACAAUCUGUUGAUGAGCUUGUUGGCGAUCGACAAGAUUCCAUGGUCAAAGUUGAGCUUGACAAGCUUGAGGAAUGGGUGAAGGUUGAGUAUGAUUGGGAGCUGCAUCGCGAAGCUAUUCUCCGUCGGGGUAUGCUCCAAUUGGAGGAUGGUGAGGAGGUGGAGAUGGAUAUGGAGGAAAAUGAUGAAGACGAGGAGACUGGAGAAUAUGCUCCUAUGAUAGUCGAUCUGGGAGAUGGAGAUGCGCAUGCUUAA